AUGGCCCCUCCCCCGGCGCCAGCCUUCCAGGGACACGGCUCCUUCCAUAUUCCUCCUCCUCCUCCCUCCAUCAUUGCACCACCGCCUGAGCCAAUCCCUGUAGAGUCAAGGCACCAUGCCCGCUCUCACUCCCAGUCCAUGCCCAUGCCCAUGCCCAUGUCCAUGUCUCCCUAUCCACAGUCAUCACACCACACCAACGAUCCCUCCACAUGGUCUGUCCCGCCUCCUCAACACCCCUCAACCUUCGGUCCACCCUCAGACCAGCAUCUCCACCAACGUCCUCCACACCACCCUCAUCCAUAUCAUCCCAGCCAACCGGCCUCGUUGUCGCGCCCGCCCUCGCGUUCACAUUCGCGUACGCACUCGCGCUCGCAACCCCAGUUUGCUCCUCAGCACGCGAUCCUGUCCCCUCCUCCUCCAAGGCACGCGUCUCCCUCUGUUCCUGUUGUAGCUCCACGGUAUCCUCAGGAGAUGCCCUACCCAGAAAGAGUCGAUCCUGUCCGCUUCCCCGCUCCAACAUCGCAGCACCAUCCUAUGCAGCGUCCCCCCAUGGCAGAGGAGGAAGAGGAGAACGAUGGCGAAGUCGUCCAGGAUGCAACGCUGGCUCCUCGUCGCGCCAGUGCACAGUCAGCAUCCAUAGUGGAUGAGGACAAUGCGUUUUUGAGCAAAUGCCCCGACUGUGGCAAGAUGUACAAGCAUGCAACAUCGUUGUUGAAGCAUCGCUGGGAGCAUUCUAUCUAUUGGAAGCCCGCGACCAAAUUCUUGCUGUCCAAGCACCAGCAGGUGCAGCUGAUGGAGGCUGCAUCGAUCCUUCUGGGCAUGGACGAAUCCCGUGAUGGCGACAAGGACGCGAUCGUCAGCAUGUUCAUCAAGCAGCGUGGCCAGCUGGCGACCGGCACUUCCACGGCCUCAGCCUCACCACCAACGUCGACAAAGUCCCUCUCGGGAUCUCCACCUCCGAUGAGCGAGCGUGCAAUGGCCAUCAGCGGGCCCGAGUCCGGCUCGAUGAUGAGCCCACCCCAGGCCUACCAUGGCAGCAACAGAGUUUCCAACAUGGCAACGAGGCACUCGGUCACAUCGACGACCUCGACGGCCUCGUCCUUGUCUUCCACCCCCCCUUCCUUGGCCCCUGAUGAUGAGAGUGUUGCAGAGAUGGAGGAGGAUGGCAGGAUGUCGGCGCCACCACAGUUCCGGCAUCAUCAUCAUCACCAUCAGCAGCAGCCACAGCCACAGCCACCGCAUCAUCAUCAUCAGCAGCAGCAUCACCCCCAGCAUGCACAGCAUCCUCAAGCAGUACCUCCUCACGCCCCAUCCAUGACGAUGGGUAUGGGUAUGGAGAUGGGGCAGAAGCACGGUGUGGAGCCACACUACUACCCGCAUGACCCUCGCUAUAAUGCGUCAUAUCAUCACCAUCAGGCACCACAGCAUGCACAGCAGUACCCACCAUAUUACCAUGAACACAUCAUUUGA